UGCGUCGUCUGUUCAGAGAGUGAAACUGAACCCUGUUGGUUCUGCAGGUCAAAGAGAAGGAGAGAAGGAGUGCAAGUACUAUAUAUGCUGAUUCGGAUCAUCAUAAGAAUGUCCUCACAAGAAUUAAGCUUUCAACAUUCUCAGCUUCUGCUUAAAUGCGUUUUCAAGAGACUCUCUGCCAUUCAGGAAUAAUGCUUCUUGUGACUUCUGUUAGGUGAGACUUGUGAAUAUUUAACAAUGGUUGAAAUUUCUUCAAACUCAACAGACAUUCUGACACUGCAAGGCUUUGACCUACCUCCUCAAGGGGUGUAUGCUGCAUUUAUUUUCGCCAUGCUGAGUUACCUUUUAAUUAUCUUCUGUAACGUUUUCCUGAUGGCCACUAUUAUCAUGAAUAAGAGCCUCCACCAGCCCAUGUACAUCCUGCUCUUUAACCUGCCCAUCAAUGACCUCAUUGGCUCCUCAACCUUCUUCCUGCAACUCAUCAAAGAGAUCCUGCUGGACUCCAGGUACAUUGAGGCCUCCAACUGCAUCGCUCAGGCGUUCUUCAUCCACGUUUAUUGGGUUACUGCUGCUUUAAUCCUCUCUGCCAUGGCUUACGACAGGUACAUCGCCAUAUGCAACCCACUGAAGUACAGCACCAUAAUGACCAACAGCCACAUCGCGAAAAUAAUCGCAUCGGUGUGGCUCGUGGCCCUGCUCUUGAUUGGCGUGCUGUUCUUCUUACUACUACGGCUGCCUCGGUGCAGAUCUUUAAUAUCGCAAACUUACUGUGACAAUCCCUCUCUGCUUGCACUAGUCUGUGCAGACACCACCAUCAACAACAUUUACGGACUGUUCAUCACAGCCGGCUUGCAAGUGUUCGCCGUGGGUAUGAUUCUCUACACCUACCUUCAGAUUUUGCUUGCAUGCUUUAAAAACAAACACUCUGACACAAAGAGCAAAGCUUUGCAGACCUGUACAACUCAUUUAACCCUCUUCAUCAUUUUGGAGUGUUUAGGACUUUUCACAAUUAUCUCAUAUCGUGUAAAGCAGCUGUCUCCUCAUUUAAAGAGGAUGAUUGGAGUUUCCACCUUGAUAUUUCCCCCUACUCUCAACCCAAUAAUAUACGGCCUUAAAACAAAGGACAUCCGACAGAGGAUUAACAUGGCAAUCCGCAAAACAGUGAAUCCUUAAUUUUUCUUUUGAAAAAUAUUUGUGGUAAUACUGCUUACUAAGUCUGAGAAAUACUAGAAAUUUAGGAUUUAUUUACUUAAAAAAAUUUUUUUUUUACAGUAGAUCAACAGGAGUCUUUUAGCCCUAUCAGCAUACAUGUCUCCAGUGCACAACCAGAAAAGUAGCUGCCCUGAAGACCUGAAUGGUCUUCAUAUUUGGGGAAUUUCAUUUUAAAUCAUAAUAAAAACCAGCACACAAGGUAACCAUCCCCACAACAGAAUUCCUCAAAAGGCUUUACACAUCUUGUAUGAUGUGACUGAUAGUAGUGCUCAAGUGAAUUAGCAAAAAAGGCACAUGUAUUGCUUUUCAUUUUGCCCUUAAGCACUUGUGCACUUUCUGCAGAUGUUGAAUUGAAAAAUAAACUAUAUUUGAUCAAGUUCUGUGUUUAUUUUUUUUUCUGUGUGUUGCUGCAUUAAUCCAUUACUGCUCAUCUGCUGUAAAGAACUAUGUAUGUACAGCUGUUUUUUUUUUUUUGCCUGAGAUAAACACGUUUUCUACAAAAAUGAAAGA